AUGAAGGCUUCAAGCUUUGGUCUUCUUGGACUAGCGUCUCUGGUCUCAGCCUACGCAGAGCAGCCUUACUAUGCAAAUUUAACAUGGGAGGCUCCUCGAACUUUGUCAAACUGGUCCAACCUCACAGUUGAAACUUCGACGGGAACUUUUAUAGGAAUGCUGAAUGAUACUUAUCCAAAUGUCCGGCAAUUCCUUCGUGUCCCCUAUGCCAAGCCCCCAAUUGGGGACCUUCGCUGGAUGCCUCCUCAGAAACCAGAAAAAUCUCACAAAAGAAUUGACUCAACCUUUUACGGACCAGCUUGCCCGCAAUACGUACCUUCUACAUGGAGCUUCUGGAAUGCAUACGAGCCACCUAACCUUCUUGUUAACAUCGGCGAAAAGCUAGACCAGGGUUCGAUCGCCUGGUCCUCCGCUGAAGAUUGUCUAUCGAUGGCAGUGUGGACUCCUGCAUAUGCCAAUAAAACUUCAAAACUUCCUGUGUCCUUGUUUGUGACUGGUGGAGGUGGUAUCACUGGAGCUAUUCAAAUCCCUUCUCAGCUACCAGCUCAUUGGGUAUCGCGAUCUCAGGGACAUAUCACAAUUACCAUUAAUUACCGAGCGAAUAUUUUUGGAAACCCGAAGUCAAGGGCACUGGAGGAAACAUCUCUCACCCUUCUAGAUGUGAGAGCUGCAGUGGAAUGGGCCUAUGAACAUAUCGAAGCAUUUGGAGGCGACAAGGAUAAUAUUAUGCUAUGGGGUCAAUCUCAAGGUGGAAUUCUCACGCAUCUGUACACACUUGCCUGGCCUGAGAACCCUCUUGUUGCGAAAUUCGGUGUCAUUUCACAAGGUGCUUCAGCCACAUUGAACCUCUCGACUGUCGACGACGUCUAUCAAGAUUUCGAUAUUGUUGCGAAGAGCCUCGGCUGCAACUAUGGCGAUGACGCAGAGGCCGAGCUGGAGUGCAUGCGUCAGAUCUCAUGGGUCCAGAUUGAAGAGUAUAUCAAUCGCUACAACUCCACCCCUGCAAUCGCUUUCACAAAUUACAUGCCCGACGAAAGAUACAUCUUCUCGGACGAAGCUACUCGAUAUGCCCAAGGAAAAGUCGCAAGGGGACCAUCAAUUCGAUCUGACACAGCUAGAGAGUUCCCGAGCACCAAUACCACCGAAGUCAAUGAAGAACAGAAGGCAGCAGACUGUUUGGCUCUGUCGGAUUCCAAACUGCGUCAAUCCAUUGGACUUGAAACUCACCGAUACUACUGGGCUGGAAACUUCACCAACAUCAGCCCUGUGCCAUGGCUGGGUGCAUUUCACUGGACGGAUCUUUUCAUGAUCUUCGGCACCUACAUGUUGGAUGUCGGUAAUGUCAGCCAAUUGGAAGUCGACACUUCGGAAACAAUGCAGGAUAUUUUCCUGGAAUUCUUGAAAAACACUUCAACAUUCAGUCAGACUGCAAACUGGCCAGCUUUCAAUGCGAGCAAACCUAAUGGAGGGGAUAUCAUGGAAUUUGGAAAUGGUACCACAUGGAAACUCGUCUCCGAGGACUGGCUUGAUGCUGGUUGCUAUAACUCUUCAAUUCCGUUCAGAAUUGAUGGAUGA